CACCCGUUGUGGCCCAGUGGAUACAUCAGUUGACAUUACAGUCUGCAAAAACCAACAUGAAUCGUUCUAUUCUGCUGAGUCUUUGCGUCCUGUUGGCCGUUGUGGCCGCAGUCAUCGAGGCCGCACCCCAACGUGAGAAGCGACAAUUUUUUGGCGAUGGAGGUCAACAAUUUGGCGGAUUCAAUCAAGGAUUCGGCGGAUUCAAUCAAGGAUUCAACGGCGGAUUUAAUCAAGGAUUCAACGGCGGAGGCUUCGGCGGAUUCGGAAGUGGCGAAUUCUUCGGAUAAUUUCAAUUGUUUCUUUCUUUAAUUCCCAUCGAUUGUACAAUACCCUUUAAAUUCAAAAGGUUUAAAUGAUUCACCGCGUCGCAAACGUCCAACAUUUUGUAUCUAUUUUCCUGAUUGAAUGUGUGUACAAAAAUAAACGUCUAAUCGAUUGCA